AUGGUGCAGAUGAUGGAGUCGCAGUGCGAGUAUUUCAUGUAUUUUCCGGCCGUGCCCAUCACGGAUCUGUCGGACCCGGCCCGCUACCGCACUCUGCCCCGCCGCAGUCACCUCUACCUGGGCGAGACCGUCCGCUUCCUUCUGGUGCUGCGCUGCAGGGACGGCGGGGCGACGCCAACCGAGCACGGCCCCGCAGGGGCCAGUGAUGGCACCGCAGCUGGCUUCGGGACGGAGUCGGCCAGUGGCCGGGCCUGGAGGGAGCUGGCCGGCUCUCUGUGCGCCGUGGCCAGUGUGAGUCCAGGUGAGAGUAGCCGCCACAGAGGCAACCACCACCAGCAUCACCACGACUACAGUGGGGACGAGGCCAACGAGGACGGCGAGGAGGAUUACAUUGCUGCAGCGGAGGCAGCCAUUGCAGCGCUUGGCAGCAGGGUGGACUCCCGGUGUCGAAGCUUCAGGGACUGCAAGCCGCUGCUCAUACACAACUCAUCUGGGACGGCGGCGAGGGAGUUCCGCAGGGCGCCGGUUCAGUCUCCUCUGGACGAGCCGGUGGUUUUGACGGAUGAAGUGAUCUUCCCCCUCACCGUCUCUCUGGACAAACUCCCCGUCAGCACCCUAAAAGUCAAGGUGAUGGUCACAGUGUGGAAAAGAGAGGCAGAGAAAGCGGAGGUGCAGGAACUCGGCUACCUGAGCGUCCUGCAGCACCGAGAACCAACACACACCUUCAGGCAUGACCUGAACACCUUCAAGGCUCAGGUGAGCACCACUCUGACUGUCCUGCCGCCUCCCACCGUCCGCUGUAAGCAGAUGACCGUCUCUGGGAGGCACCUCGCCGUCCUCAAAGUGUUGAACGAGUCCUCUCAGGAGGAGGUGAGUAUUCGGGAUGUCCGGAUUUUACCAAACCUCAAUGCCUCCUACCUUCCCGUGAUGCCAGACGGCUCCGUGCUGCUGGUGGACAAUGUGUGCCAUCAGUCGGGUGAGGUUGGCAUGGCAUCUUUCUGCAGAGUGGACAGUCUGGCCGGCCACCUUCCCAGCAUGCUCAGCGCUUUGGAGGAACACGACUUCCUUUUCCAGCUGCACCUCAACGACAUGCCACAAGAUGACUCCAACGAGGGACUGGAGGUUCCCCUGGUUGCUGUGCUGCAGUGGUCAACUCCCAAGAUGCCUUUCACCAACUGUAUCUACACACACUACAGGUUGCCCAGCAUCCGUCUGGACCGGCCGCGGUUUGUCAUGACGGCCAGCUGUCCGAGCACUGUCAGGGUGAAGGAACACUUCAAGGUCAAAUAUGUCCUGCUCAACAACCUGCAGGACUUCCUGGCUGUUCGACUCGUCUGGACUCCAGAGGGUCGUGGACAGGGCGAGGACACGGCGCUGGCUGCUGUGGUCUGUCACACUCCUCUCAGUAACCUCGGUCACUGUCGGAAAGGAAGCACUCUGUCCUUCAGCGUGGCCUUUCAGAUCCUCAAACCAGGACUGUACGAGCUGAGUCAGCAUAUGAAGUUGAAGCUGCAGUUCACAGCGUCGGUGUCCAACCCUCCGCCCGAUGCUCGGCCGCUGUCACGUAAAAACAGCCCGUCCAGCCCGGCGGUUCGAGACCUGCUGGACCGGCACCAGGCCAGUCUGGGUCGAUCUCAGUCCUUCUCCCACCAGCAGCCGUCUCGAUCCCACAUCAUGAGGACGGGCAGUGCCAUGGAGCGGCGUGCCAUCACUCCUCCUGUUGGCUCUCCGGUCGGUCGGCCGCUUUACCUGCCGCCGCAGGACAAAACGCUGCUGUCGCUGGACAAGAUCGCCAAGAGGGAGUGUAAAGUCCUGGUGGUGGAUCCUGUCAGCUAG